AUGGCGUACUCGGGAAAAUGCUUUGCAGUAACAGGUGGCGCCUCGGGAAUAGGCCUUGCCACAGUCAAGCUGCUUUGGUCUCGCGGGGCUACCGUCUGUAUAUCGGACGUAAACGAGACGGGCCUGAAAAAGCUAGAACAUGAUCUGCAGGCCACCUCAGUCAGCGAGUCACAGAGCUUUUCAACCGCCACAGUUGACGUUAGAAUUCCCGACCAAGUUGAUGCGUGGAUUGCUGGUAUUGUCGCGCAAUAUGGCAAACUUGAUGGCGCAGCAAACGUGGCCGGCGCGCCUGAUGCCGGUGGCCUUUUGGCGGAGAAGUCGGACGACGACUUCGACUUCAGCAUUGGCUUGAACCUGAGAGGUGUUUUCAACUGCAUGCGAGCCGAACUCAAAAGCAUGGGCAGGGGCGCCAGCAUCGUCAAUGUCAGCUCCGCCGUCAUCUGUAGGAGUGUGCCUGGCUAUAGCCUUUACUCGGCUGCCAAGAGUGGUGUGAAUGCGUUGACCAAGUGCGCGGCCAAGGAAUACGGUCCGGUGGGCGUCAGGGUGAACUCGGUGUGCCCAGGAAUAACCCGCACUCCAAUACUCGACGUGGCAAAAUUGAGGCCAGUUGUCCAGCCUCAGAUCGACGCUACAGCGCUGGGACGAUGGGCUGAACCCGAAGAGAUGGCACGUACCAUUGCAUUCUUGCUCAGUGAUGAGGCCAGUUUCCAGUCAGGCUCUGUCGUCCUUGUUGAUGGGGGUUUCUGUUGUUAG